AUGUGGUGUGCCCAUGAAGGUUUUUCGUCCAAAGUGGAGGAGGCUUGGAGCAUUCCUUAUGUUGGGGAACCUAUGCUACAGCUGUGUCGUAAAGUGAAGGAUUUGGGGACUCAACUCUUGGACUGGGACAGGACUGUUUUUCGUAGUAGAAGAGAAGAAGUGGAAAUAGUAAGGGCUCAAUUGGAUGUUCUUCUUCAGAAACCUUUUGACCCAAGUGAUCGGAAUUCCCGUUUUUUUCACAAGAAAGCAUCGCAUAGACGACAAAAAAACAAGAUCAAGGGCCUUUUCAAUGCAACUGGGACAUGGCAAGAAUCCAAAGUUGGCAUUGAUGGAGUCGUUCUGGACUAUUUUCAGAGUAUAUUUAGCUCCCAACCUUCGGACUUGGAAGCUCAGGAUGUGGUUCUUCAGACUAUUGAACCUCGGGUUUCAGCAAAUAUGAAUGCCCGUUUACUGGCUCCAUAUGAGUUGGAGGAAGUUCGGAUCGCGUUAUUUCAGAUGCACCCUUCGAAAGCGCCAGGUCCUGAUGGUCUCUCACCUUUUUUCUUUCAGAAGUAUUGGGAUUUAGUUGGGCAAGAAGUUAGCAAUGCAGUGAUUUCGAUGUUGACUCAAGCUGAAAUUCCUCCUGACCUGAACUUUACUUUUGUGACUCUUAUCCCAAAAGUUAAAGAGGUUACCAAUAUGUCCCAUCUCCGACCGAUUGCUUUGUGUAAUGUCAUCUAUAAAAUAGCUUCCAGGGUUAUUGCUAACAGACUCAAGAGUUUCCUGUCUGAUAUUGUUUCUCCCCAACAGAGUGCUUUUGUUCCUAAUCGUCUUAUCUCUGAUAAUACUCUGGUAGCAUCAGAGUUAGCUCAUUACAUGCAUAAAUUGCAACGAGGCCAAGAAGGCUUUUUAGCCCUGAAGCUGGAUAUCAGUAAAGCCUACGACAGGUUGGAGUGGGGUUUCUUGCAGCGUAUCAUGCUCAAAAUGGGGUUUGCUGAACAAUGGGGUUUGCGUAUCUGUGAUGGUGCACCUACAAUCAGUCAUCUCUUGUUUGCUGAUGAUAGAUGGCGGUCCAAAUUACUCAGUGCUGCGGGUAGAGAAAUUUUAAUCAAAGUAGUGGCCCAAGCUCUCCCACUGUAUACAAUGAACUGUUACCUUCUCCCUCUUAACCUCAUUCAAGAACUCCAUCAGCUCUGUGCCCAAUUUUGGUGGGGGAGUACGGAUGAGAAGAAAGCUAUGCAUUGGCGGGCUUGGGAUGAACUUUGUAAACCCAAAGGUAUGGGUGGUAUGGGAUUCCGACAUCUCUUUGCCUUUAAUUUGGCUAUGUUAGCAAAGCAAGGAUGGAGGCUAAUCCAAAGUCCGGAUUCCUUGAUCGGUAAACUUUUCAAAGCUCUCUAUUUUCCUCAUGGCAAUUUCUGGGAGGCUACUCUUGGUUCACAACCUUCCUACGCUUGGCGGAGCAUCUUGCAAGGUCGUGACAUCCUUAGAGCUGGUAUCAAAAGACAUAUUGGGAAUGGCUUCUCUACCAAUAUUUGGUUGGACCCAUGGCUAAUGGAUGAAGACCUCAGGCCCUAUGUUACGGAUAGGGUCACACUUGUGGCAGAUCUUUUCAUCUCUCUAGGUGUGUGGAAUUCUACUUUAUUAUCAGAAUUAUUUCCUGCUAAUAUUGUUCAGAAGAUACUCUCUAUUCCUCUGAGUCCCCGGCAUCAUGAGGACAGGUGGAUUUGGGGAGGUGACAAGCGAGGUCAGUUCUCUGUUAAAUCGGCUUAUCAUGUAGCUCGGAUUCGGAUUCUUAAUGAUAAUUCAUCCACACCUAACCCAAGUGCCUCCCUUUGGCGUCAGUUGUGGACCGCUCCAGUUCCAAGUAGUGUGAAGAUUUGCGCAUGGAAAGCAGCUUCUAAUAUUCUUCCUACUCGGAGUAGGCUAAGUGAACGUGGUAUUGAUCUUGAUACCCAAUGA